AUGGUAUCUUGGAGUGACGGAUCGAGCUCGUCCUCCGACGGCUACUCUGUGACAAGUGAGGCUCCUGCUCCUGCCACCAUUUUCUGCUCUGAGUGGACAGGCCUUGCUCCAGAUAUUGCAGCUAGAUGUGAACACCAGUGUGUGUGUGAGAAGUUUGUGUGCUUUGAAUCAGUUGACAGUGGAAGGAGGUAUCUUGCUUGUGCCCAAAAGGAAAUACCUAAAUGCAAGUUUGUGGAGUGGAUUGACCCUGAAUGGCCAGACACUCUGAAGAUGAGUUUAGCCAGGGUUUGGGCCAUGUAUGAUGAUGAGGUAAAGCUGAGGCUCAGGGGAAGUGUAGUUCUUGCUGAAGAAAAUUUUAGGGUUGUGAAAGAGAAGGAGAAGAUGGCAAAUGAUCUGAGGUUUUUUAAACUAGAUUUUGCUAAGACGGUGGGUGACAAGGAGCAGGCAGUUACUGAAUUGGGCAAUGCAAGACUUGCUCUUUCUGACCUAAAGGAAGAGGUUCAGAAGAAGAAGAUGGCUGAUAAAUCUACCACUAGCAUUCAUCAGGUUGUGAGGGCUAAGGCAGAGAAAGAGAGGGAUGAGAUGAAGCAACAGAUGGAGAGCAUGAAGGAAGAGUUGGACAAAGUGGUGUCACAGAGGGAUGAGCUGAAGAAGGAGAAGAAGAAACUAGAGUACAUGAUUGGUGAUCUAUUCAGGCACAAGGAGGAGACCAAGAGCAAGAUAAGGAGGAUGAAGGAGAUCUUAGAUGAAUCUGAGUAAUUCAUUGUUGGUGCAAGUUGUAUUAGACUGAAUUUGUAUGAGUAACCAAGUUAUGUUGUUGCAAGUUGUAUUAGACUGAAUUCGCUUUUAGUUAAGUGAAUUUGUAUG